GAGCCCAAUUCGCAGAUUUUGAGAGAAUAGGGAAUUAAUUAUUGCAAAAAAUAAAAAUAAUUGCAGAUACAAAACCCUACUUCUAAAACCCUUUCACUGAAGUUUCUGCUGUUCUUCUUUUGUUCUUAUUACUCAGUUCCAAAGAUGGUUCGGAGCUUAAAGAACCCUAAAAAAGCUAAAAGGAAGAACAAGGGUGCAAAGAAAGGAGAAGGAUCGUCAUCGUCGGAUUCAGUACCAUCAUUGCCAGCAAAGGUAUGGCAACCAGGUGUAGAUAAAUUAGAGGAAGGGGAAGAGCUUCAGUGUGACGCUUCUGCUUAUAAUUCUCUUCAUGCCUUCCAUAUUGGCUGGCCCUGCUUGAGUUUUGAUGUGCUGCGUGACUCACUCGGCUUGGUGCGCACUGAUUUUCCACAUACUGUAUACUGUGUAGCAGGAACACAGGCAGAGAAAAGUUCUUGGAACUCGAUUGGUAUAUUUAAGUUAUCUAAUAUAUCUGGAAAAAGGCGGGAUUUGGUGCCAGACAAGAUAGGUGAUGAGAACGCUGAUAUGGGCAGCAACAGCAGUGACAGUGAUGAAGAAGAAGAGGAAGCUGGACAGGUGACACCUGUGUUACAGUUACACAAGGUGUUUCAUGAAGGGUGUGUUAAUCGCAUACGUGCUAUGACGCAAAACCCCCAUAUAGUCGCUUCUUGGGGUGAUACCGGUCAUGUUCAGGUUUGGGAUUUUAGCUCGCAUAUAAAUGCUUUGGCAGAAUCACGGAGUGAUCUUAGCCAUGGGGCUUCUGCAGUCUCUAAUCAAGCACCGUUAUUUAAAUUUGGUGGACAUAAAGAUGAAGGCUAUGCUAUAGACUGGAGUCCUCUUGCUCCUGGGAAGCUUGUGUCAGGUGACUGCAAGAAUUGUAUCCAUUUGUGGGAGCCAACAUCUGGUGCAACAUGGGAUGUUUGUGCUAAAUCUUUUAUUGGACACACUGCAAGUGUUGAAGAUCUCCAGUGGAGCCCGACAGAACCUUCUGUAUUUGCUUCUUGCUCGGUUGAUGGAAAUAUUGUAAUAUGGGACACCAAUAUGAAAAACCCUCUUGCUGCAACUAUAAAGGCACAUAAGGCAGAUGUCAAUGUGAUAUCAUGGAACAGGUUGGCGAGCUGUAUGCUUGCAUCUGGAAGUGAUGAUGGAACAUUUUCUAUUCGAGAUCUUAGAAUGCUCAAGGAAGGAGACUCUGUAGUGGCACACUUUGAAUAUCACAAACAUCCCAUCACUUCUAUUGAAUGGAGUCCCCAUGAAGCCUCAACAGUGGCUGUUUCAUCAUCAGAUAACCAACUAACAAUCUGGGAUCUUUCUUUGGAGAGAGAUGAGGAAGAGGAGGCGGAGUUCAAAGCUAAAAUGAAAGAGCAUGUCAAUGCCCCAACAGAUUUGCCCCCACAACUUCUCUUCGUUCAUCAGGGUCAGAAAGAUUUGAAAGAAGUUCAUUGGCAUUCCCAGAUCCCAGGAAUGGUUGUAUCCACUGCAGCAGAUGGAUUUAACAUACUGAUGCCAUCAAACAUUGAAAAUGUGGUUCCUGCAAAUGUUGCAUGAUAGUUUAUUAAGUUAAUUAGUGUGCGUUUUUUGAUGUACGACAUGUGAUGGCAUUUGCACCUUUUGCUUUUGUAAUAUAUUGCGACAGAGUUGCAGCAGUUUUGUCCCAGUUUCUAUUUAUGGAUCCUUGAACUACAGUAAUACAUACAAACGAACACAUUGCAUUGUUUGAAA